GUUUUGUUUACAUCAUGGCUGACAAGUGGCCCAUAUUUUUCAACUUUUGACAUGUUUGACACUUCUUAAACCUGAUUUUGCUUAUGAUAGGGACAAAUAACUGUGAUUAUAUUUGGUGACAAACUGGUGAGAAGUGAAAUCACUUUGAAAUAGAGUACGUUUGGCCUGAAUUCAAGAAAUAUGGGUGAAUUGCUUGCCGAGAGAAAACAAGUGACCCAGCAGAUAUUCCAUGAUUAUGACACUGGAUUCCAGAAUGAGUUGACUCCUGAACAGCUUCAUAUACUUCAUGCUGAUUUCAGGAUGGGAGGCAUUAGUCUGCCACAGGUACGUGCUGCAAUGAAGUAUUCCUGUGCCUCUGAACAUUACUGUGAUGUCCAUGAACUAUUUGACCUCCUUCAAGAGAUGGACCGGAGGUACUUCUUGAUCCAAGAUUUCCGUUGGGAGUUUUCCAUGUUGGAUCGAGAGAUGAAAGACACAAUAACGGAAGAAGAAGCCAGGUGGAUGAUGCAAGCUGUUCAUAGUGAAUUAUUCUCCAAAAAGAAGUGGCAGAAGUUCCUCAUGCAGAGGGCAGCACCAGGAAGUGGGGUCACCUUCGCUGAGAUUGAGGUGGAUUUGUGUGACAUUCCAAGUCGAGAGGCCCUCGCACAAGAACAGUAUGAAGACGAAAGGGAAAGAGAAGAGAGAGAGAGAAGGAGAAAAGAACGUGUGAAAUUGGAGAGUGAAGAAAAGAUGAAGUAUGAUAUGAGACGAGACGAGGAAAGAAAGAAGAAAGCUCAUGAUGAUAAGAAGAAGAAAAAAGCUGAAGACCAGAGAAGGAAAUUAGCUGAUGAGGAUAUGUUGAAGAAAGCAAAAGAAAAGGAGGAUGAGGAGAGAAGGAAGAAAGAAAUGGAGUUAGAAGAAGAACGUGGCCGCAGAGAGUCGGAGCUUAGGGAAAAGAUUGCAAAGGAAGAAGCAGAAAGAAAGGUCAAAGAAGAUGAAGAGAGGAGGAGGAAAGAAGAGGAAGAUAUAGCAGAGAUGAAACGCCUGCAGGACCUUGCAGAGAAGGUGAAGAGAGAGCAAGAGUUGGAGAGGGAAAGAGACCGAGAGGCUGCCAUGGAUGCUGCUGUUAAGGCAAAGGAAGAAGCGGAUUUGGAAAGAGAAGCUGAGGAUGAUGUAAGAAAAGCACAGAUGCUGAUCAAGCAAGCAAGAGAUCCAAAGGAAAGAAAGAAUGCAGAGGACAGGGAGGGGAGUGCCAAGCUCAGAUCCAAGGAACAUAACCACAAGAAGAUCAGGUUUAACCUGAAGGUUGCCAUCAAGGAGAGGACAAAGGAUAAGCUGGUGCCGGCUGUCAGUGACUUCAAGAAAGUCAAGUUACCAGACGAUGAAGGUGACCUGGAGAAAGCUGAGAGGAUCUUGAAGGAGAUCAGGGCCAGAGAUGAUCUGAAUACUUCCUGCAUCAAGAGGAAACUCAACGACCUUGAAAAAGCCAUCAAUUAUGUCAAGAACAAUGGUUUUGAUAUACAGCUUGCAACAGAGAUGGUGGAAGCAAAUAAGUUACUGAUACAGCUGAAGAGAUUGGAGAGGAUCCGGGCUGAAAUCUUAGAUUUGAAGCAGUCAACCGUCGCCGAAAUAAGAAGUUACCAAAAGCCCCCAGCAGCUGUUCAUACUGUCAUGACCGCCACAUUCUUGUUACUCGGACACAAGGAGAAAGAAAUGAAGGAUUGGAAGGCCGUCCAGGCACUUGUCGGUAAGACUGGUAAAGAGAGCUUGAAGAGACGUUGUCUUGGUUUAGAUGCUGCCAAAUUGGAUCUCACUGCUGCCAAGAGGGCAAAGAUCCUACUGAGCCAGUUCAAGUUAGAUGAGGUGAGAGAUGUAUCGGCAGGAGCUGCGACCUUUUAUGUCUGGGGGACGAGCAUGAUUGAGGAAGCUGAAGCUAAUGCCAUGGCAAAGAAGUAACAAGUUAGAUCAGAGCACCAAACUAGUCUUCAACAUUGUAAACAGUUACUAAGUGUUAUAAACUACCCAGCACAGGUGAUAUCAACUAUAUUUGGAAUAACAUGAUUAGUCCGUCCAUAUUUGUAGAAUUGAAGUAAAAUGUGAGGUUUACAACUUGCGUGUAUUGGUUUUAUAGACUUCAUUUAACAUAAACGUCUGCAUGUAUUAGAGCAGUUUUGCUUUGUUCCUGUCUUAUAAGGCCUUUCAUCUUGUACUUCUAGUCCUCUUCUGUGUGAUAAUUUGAUAAGGUAAUCAACCAUAUACGUGUACAUGUAUACCAAUCAAAGAUGUAAAAAUUUCUGAUCAGUAUCUUUGGCAGAUUAUUUUCUAAUGUACUUUUAAUGAAUCAAUCAUGUUGUGCAAAUGGCAAUCGUUGAAGUGGCAGGUCCAUUUCAGAUAAUAUAUUUUGAUACCUUUGCUAUUUUAGAAUAUAUUCG